AUGAGUGCCAGUCUGCAUCAUGAGAAGAUAGCACUCACUAAGAAGGAGCUCAUGUAUGUGUACAAGCAGUUUGUUGAGGCUGCGCAAAGCAAAUAUUCACAACAUCUUCCUGGAUCUGACCGGCAUGAUCCUUUGCAAAUCGAGGUUGAGAAUUUGGUCAACGAAACGUUUGCAGAAGUGUUUGAGAUGGCAAAAUGGGCCCUUGUGGUUGACGGGCUAGACUUUAAUCAAGAAAAUAUCUCCAUCAAAGAGCUUCUACUGCUCAAACCAACGGAAGAGGUAAUGCCCUUCGAUACCGAGUUGAACCUGAAUCUCCGCACUCUAAUUCAGCAAGUUGAGAAGGAAACGACAGAAGUGACAAAGCUUCGACGUGAAUUGCCAGAUAGAGCCAGAGAUGCAUAUGAGCUGCUAAUAUCGACCACAGACGAAGAAGUCACCUCGAUAAUCAAGGAGCUUAAUGAAGAAUAUAAGGAACGUAGUAAAAGUGCAGAGAAUCGUGAUCUUAAGGAGGUCAUACCCAGUGCCAACGAUCUUAUAUGUGAUUACGAAGAGAGCAUAGAGCGGUUAUCCGCGCUCAAGAAAGCGCUACCAGAGCAGUUGGCGCAGGUGGAGUCGUGGAACAACACGGUAGACUUUCUAGAAGAAAGGCGCCAGCAGCAACAGAUGGAAAAGCAGCUUCUAUGA